AAAAUGUGGGUGAAAUUAUUUGUGAGUUUUCUUCUCUUUUGCGUCGUUGGGCAUUCAAAAGAAGCUCCAAAAAAUACUACAACAGUUCAGGAGACCCCAUCCUAUAGACUCAGCAAUACGACUGAACCCAUUUCCUAUGAAUUAUGGUUAGAAACACGAAUCAAUGAAGGCAUUUUUGACUACACGGGAAGAGUAAAAAUUGCCAUUAAAGCAAUUGAAGCAACAGACGUUAUUACAAUGCAUGCAUUUGAGAUUGAAAUUCACAACUACACACUAACAGAUCUCAUGAAUAAUCCCGUAGAAAUUUCUUUUGGUGUUGCUGAUGAAAUUAGAAGAACCAUUACCUUUACAGUGAAUAGUGCUUUGAUCCUUGAUGAAAUAUACAUCUUGGACAUUUACUUUAGUGGAAUCCUACGACGUGUACCCAAUGGGUUUUGCUAUUGUAGCUUUGUAGAGGAAAAUGGAGACAUCUCCUUGUUUGCCACAUCACACACGCAUGUAUCUAAUGGGAGAAGAAUUUUUCCUUGCUACGACGAACCGGGAUAUCGAACCCCUUUCACCAUCCACCUGACGCAUCAUCCAUCCUUUCAUUCACGUGCCAAUUCACCUGUAUCUAAGGUGACUGUUAAUUCUAAUGAUUCUGUUACAACUACAUUCGAACGAACACUCCCUAUGCCAGUAAAUUUGUUGGCUUUUACCAUUUCAAAGCACGCAGUUAGAACAAAGUUUAUUGAAGCGUUAAAUCUAAAUUUAAGUUUGUUUGUUCCACAACAACAUAUCGAGGAAGUUGAGUUUGCGAUGGAUUUCAUUUCAUUCAUUUUGCAAAUGAUGAAUAAGACCCUGGACAUGGAUAUCCAACUUACAAAACUUGAUGGAAUUUCCAUCAAUGAUUUAUUACUGACUGGUCUGGAAAAUUGGGGUCUUAUAUUUUUUAACCCUAAAAACUUUCUCUACAAAGAAAAUAGCACAAAUCCCAGUCAAAAGAUGGAUAUAUCAAGAACCAUGGCGCAUCAAUUGAUUCACAGCUACUUUGGAAAUCUCGUUGGGAUGCCUUGGUGGAAUUUAUUCUGGAUGACAGAGGGUUUUGCUACCUAUUUAGAAUAUUACUUUACCAGCUAUUACCUAGAAGAUUUUCCGUUAAAUGAUGUUUUUGUUUGUGAUUUUAUGCAAAGAUAUUUUGCUGAUCAUUCACUUCAAAUGUCUAAACCAUUGAAUGAAUAUAGCGACAGACCAGAAGAUGUUGUUGCGGUAUUUAAUCUUGGAAUGAUUAGCAAAGCCGGAUCGAUAAUAAGGAUGAUGCAUCAUUUUUUGGGGGAAAAGACUUUCAUGAAAGGAUUGCAGAAAUAUUUGAAAGAAAUGAAGUUUAAGAGUGCAGAAGAAGAAGAUUUGUACAGAAAUCUCCAAGAAGCCAUUGAUGAGGACGAAGCACUACCAAAGCAUAUGAGAAUAGGAGAUAUUCUUGAUACUUGGAUAAGUCAGGCUGGCUACCCAUUGCUUACAGUAACGAGAAAUUACCAAUCAAAUGAGAUUGUUGUGAAUCAACAGAGAUUCCUCUCUUCACCUGAAGAAGCUGACACAGAUGGGCUAUCAUGGUAUAUUCCGCUAACAAUAAGCACAGCUAGUAGUCCAAAUACAGCUGAAACUAAACCAUGGAAAUGGCUUGAGAGCGGUACGAGAGAACUUGUCCUUACAGCAACGGAAAAUAAGACAUGGAACUCAGAAGAAUGGGUUCUGUUUAACGUACAACAAUCUGGGUACUAUCGAGUGAAUUACGAUGCCCAAAAUUGGAGACUACUUGCUAAUGAACUCAAUCAGGGCUCCCCUUUUGCAAUUAGUACAAUCAACAGAGCACAGAUCAUUGAUGAUAGCUUCAAUCUAGCCUAUUCGGAUAUUGUACCCUUCACACUAGCUCUGGAAAUAAUCAAAUACAUUCGAUUUGAACCUGAUUACGCUGUGUGGAUUUCAGCUAAUCGCCAUUUGCUCACAUUGAAUCGUCGCUUGGACGGUCCAUCGUACGAACUAUACUUUGGAAGAUUCCUCAAACAUCUCACUGAAGAUCAUUUUGAGAAAUUGGAUGUCUUUGAAAAUAUCAAUGGUGAGGAUACCAACAGAAAUACAUUCCUUCGCCCAAUUAUUGUGGAUUUAGCCUGUCGCUCUGGAUCAGGGAUGUGCCUAACUGCAACAAGGAUAAUGGUUACUGCUGAAGCUCUAACUGGACACCGUCUAACGCCCAAUGAAAAACCAGCGGUGUACUACUGUCACGGCCUUAGGAAUGCCGAUGCAAAAACCUUCAAUUAUUUCUGGACGAAACUCAAAACUAUUAAAAAUGAACAGGAACGAUCACACAUUGCAACAUCACUAAGUUGCUACGAAGAUUACGAAUCAGUGUACUUGCUGCUGUUAGAACUAGCUAAUCCCCAAUUUUAUGAUUUGUAUACAUCACUAGAAAGAUUUCAAAUUCUCAUUACAGCAGUUCGUUAUGGGAACUCCAAAGUUGUAAUGAAUUUUCUUAAAGAAAAUCAUGAAACUAUUGCAAAAACAUUCACCUUCAACAACAGAAUGGAACAAACAAUUAGAGAAUUGGCGGAAAAUCUUCUAGAAGAUGAGGCGUCGCUUUUUCACGAAGUUAUAGAUAUUCUCUACACUGCAGGCCAUAUGAGUUACAAUCAAGUUAUGCGAACAAUGAUCGACAUGAACUACCAUCAAACUUGGAUAAGGGAGAAUAAGAAUGAAAUUGAAGGGUGGAUAAGGGAAUUCUUUGAACCAGCUUCAGCGAAUGCAGUUAGACAAAUUGUCUCCUCAACAAUUCUUAUCUUAGGUUUUUCCAUUAAUUUUCGCAAUAUUUUAGCACGAUAAAAUCUAUAACACACCAUUAAUAUAAUGUUGUUGUUUGUUACAAUGCACAUAGUAAGAAUUUCUUGCAAUAAAGGAUUGAUUAGUAGGUAUCUCAUGUUUAUGGAAGAUUAAUUUUGGUUGUUGGCCCCCAAAAUAGAGAAUAUUGGAGAUAAGGAAUUUGCUCAAAAAGGUUGGACUAUUUGCGAUAGAAUCCCAGUGAAUAAUUUCUCUUUGAUCAAAAAUGUUCCUUUGGCGUUGUAUAGUUUUGAUUUUCUUGACUUUGAGUCACUUUAUCGUGGAAAGUUUGAGUAAAGAAUGUGCCGCAACGUCUGAAGCAUCCAAGGAUAUAUCAUAUCGUUUGAAUAAUACAACAGAACCGAUUGCUUAUGAACUUUGGCUAGAGACGAAGAUUAAU